CACCAUCAUUUUGCAGUAAUAAAAGCACCUGGAAUGGAUUCGCUCAAGGUUCUGCUCAGUAAACCCUCGGGAGUUGCAGAUGGUGUUUCAGUAUGGGAGUGGUCAGGCUCUGCAUUGGAUGAGGGCGACGAGGCUUCGAAAUGGUUCAAAGAAUACAUUGGGAAACCGAGUAGGCUAGUUCGUUUUAAUGCAGCAUCGGAAACUAGGCCAGUGGAUCCGGGGUAUGCUCGUGGGCAUAACAUCAUGUUUUCAGACGAGUAUCCAUUCAUGCUACUAUCUCAGGAAUCAUUGGAUGCACUUAACAAGCUUAUGAAGGAGCCUGUGCCGAUAAAUCGUUUCAGACCCAACAUUCUUGUUCGUGGUUGCGAACCGUUUUCGGAAGACACAUGGACGAAAAUGAAAAUAGGUCAAUUUUCAUUCGACGGCGUAAAACUAUGCACCCGCUGUAAGGUACCUACAAUCAAUCAAGACACCGCAACCGCCGGCCCAGAGCCGAAUGAAACUCUAAUGAAAGUCAGGUCAGAUAAGGUUCUGCGACCGAACGACAAACAGCAGGGGAGGAUCUACUUUGGGCUGAACUUGGUUUGCAAGGAAAGCACUGAAGGGAACUCAAAGAUGGUUAAAGUGGGAGAUCCUAUUUUUGUCAUCCAGAAAGUCUCUUCAGCUGCUGAAGCAGCAGCUUGAAUAUUGCUGAACAUC